GUUGGCGAUGAUGUACGUCGCGACUCGGUUACGCGAGCGCGGAUAACUAUAGUCGAUGGGAGUGAACGAUAUAUUCAUACGAUUACUAAACUAGUAUUUCAACGGAAACUUGCCGGCAGUCGAUUUAGCGUAAUGUAAACAGAUGAACAUUGUUCAAGAUUUCCGGAAUAGUUUGUUUAUUUAAGCAUACAAUAGGUAUUUUUCGGUUUAAUUGUGAGUACAGUGCAGGUGAAUGUGCUGUGGCAAUGGCCGGUAGUCAGAGACAAUGGUUAGUGGCGCUCGUAUGGGCUGCCCUGGGUUCAGUUUUGGCGGAUUCCUGGACAACUUAUCAGGAACAACCAUGUUGUCGUCCAAUUACACAUCACCGAGUUCGACACCACAGGGAUCACAUCAGAGAGUUCGCGUGCGGGACUUUAUUCUAUCGUUCCUUAUACAUUAAUGAAGAAAGAAACACACUUUAUGUUGGUGCUAUGGAUCGAAUAUUUAAGUUAAACUUGACAGAUAUAAGUCAAUCACAUUGUGAGAGAGACGCUCUAUUAUUAGAGGCAAGUAAUGUAGCUCGUUGUGUAAGCAAAGGAAAAUCAGAGCCAUUUGAAUGUAGAAACCACAUACGAGUAUUGCAGCCUCUUGGUGAUGGAGAAAGGUUGUACGUGUGCGGUACAAACGCUCAUAGCCCCAAAGAUUGGGUGGUUUACUUAAAUCUAACGCACCUGCCCCGGCAUGAAUAUGUGCCAGGAGUUGGACUUGGCGUAGCCAAGUGCCCCUAUGACCCAGCGGACAACAGCACCGCAGUGUGGGUCAAUCGUGGCAACCCCGGUGGCCUGCCAGCGCUGUACGCCGGGACGAACGCCGAAUUCACUAAAGCGGAUCCGGUCAUAUUUCGAAACGACCUUUUCGAUUUACGAACGGGUCAAAAGAGGUUCAAUUUUAAACGGACGUUGAAGUACGACUCGAAAUGGUUGGACAAAACCAAUUUUGUGGGAUCGUUCGAUGUUGGGGAGUACGUUUUGUUCUUUUUUCGGGAAACCGCCGUGGAAUUCAUGAACUGUGGCAAAGCUGUUUACUCUCGAGUGGCGAGGGUAUGCAAACAAGACACUGGUGGCAAGCAUAUACUGAGCCAGAAUUGGGCCACUUAUUUGAAAGCCAGACUGAACUGCAGCAUACCUGGAGAGUUUCCCUUCUACUUUGAUGAGAUACAAAGCGUUUAUCAGAUGCCGGGUGAUAGCAGUAAAUUCUACGCGGCGUUCACAACCGGCGCAAGCGACGGUCUUGUUGGAUCAGCCAUCUGCACAUUUACGAUGGACGACAUACAGGAAGCCUUCGCUGGAAGGUUUAAAGAACAGGCUACAUCAAGCUCGGCUUGGCUGCCUGUGCUUCGCGCCCGUGUGCCGGAACCACGACCAGGCACGUGUGUCAACAAUACAGAGUCGUUGCCCGAUAACGUGCUCAAUUUUAUCAGGUCUCACCCACUUAUGGACUCUGCUGUCAGACACGAGGGUGAUGCUCCAGCUUUCUACAAGCGAGAUCUUGUCCUGACCACGUUGGUGGUUGAUCGGCAGACAGUUGACAUGCUAGCCCAGGAUGUCACUUACACUGUGUUCUAUGCGGGUACAAGUGCUGGUGAAGUGUAUAAGAUCGUUCAGUGGGCUGGAGGCGGAUCCCGCGUGGCAGAUGUUUGGCGAGCGGCGGGCGAUGAACCCGUUCGUACGCUUGCACUGUCGAGGCUAACCCAUGCCCUCUACUUGGCUACAGACAACAGAUUACGUCAGCUACCUUUACAUGCGUGUGCGCAUCGGUAUGACAGCUGUGUUCGCUGCGUCCUAGAUCCGUAUUGCGGUUGGGAUAAAGAAGUUGGUGCAUGUCGCUCCUACACUCCAGGGUUACUCCAUGACGCUACAAAUUCCACCCCAUCUAUUUGCGAAGCCAGCGCUCCAUUGAAAACAGUCAGAGCUGGUUAUGGACAGAGCGUGCAUCUCGCCGCGUUUGCCAAGACGCCGCAAGUUCUGACGGAUCAAAACGUCGCCUGGUACCAUCAUUCCAGAGAGAGGGGCAGAUACAAAAUCAGUUAUAAUUGGGAGCGAGUUUUGUUGACUUCCGAGCGUGGUUUGGUGCUACUGGCCGUUACAGAAUCUGACAGGGGCCGGUAUGAAUGUUACUUUGGACCUACCCUGGUUGCUUCAUACAAUUUGGACAUAGAUAUGCACAGAUGUACGCAACCAAAUAAAUCACAGGAAUACAGGCAAGUGUACUCUGAUUGGUGUCACGAGUUUGAAAAGUACAAGAGCGCUAUGAAGGCCUGGGAGUCUCGGCAAAUGCAAUGUUCAAAAAACAUGAAUUCAAACCAGCAGAACAAUAUGAGCAACGAGAUUGUCGCUUCGCUGCGGUGAUAUGCAUUUAUUGCUUAUGAAUAGUUUUAAGAAAGAUUAUUGUUACAAAGUAUGUUAUAUACAGCUUCUAAUACAGCGUUAAAGGGUCCUCUAUUGUUUGGACAGUUGGUAUACACACAAUUAAUCCGUGGAAAUAUAAUCAGUGACGAAAAAAAUGCGCUAAACGAUACGCACAAUCGAAUAGUUGUUAAUACAAUGACUUAUUGAGCAGCGAUAGUGAUACGUAUGAAUGGUAUGAAAUUUGGUGAAUCUAAAUACAGAUAACAAAUAUAAAAAACACAAGCCAGUGUCUCAAAUAAAUUAAACUCUUAAUAUGUUAACGAAACGGUCAUUAUGUUUUAGCAAUUAUUACAUUUUUAUCUGUUUUUAUUUGAUUUGAAUGUGGGGAUUUGCGUGGCACGAAAUGUUUAAGAUUUAAGGAAUGGUAUGGCUUUAUUCAUAUGUAUGUAUAUGCUUUUUCAUCAAGACAUCAUGUCUUUGUCACAAAUCAAUGGGAACUAUGGCAAAAUUAUUUCAAUUGCUUCCGCAUUUUUUUAUAUUUUUUGACAUUUUUUUAUAUUUUUAUAAUACAGCAUACCUACUAACAUAAAACCCUUAAUUUUCAUCUACCCUCUACGAUCAAUCCCUUUUUUUAAUUUUGGAGAUAACUAAGGUUUGUAUAGAGAAUAAUAAGAAAAACCUAAAAAGUUUUCAUUCCGGAAAACCGAACAAUCUCUGGGGUAGUACACUAAAUGCUCGAUGUAGGUAAAAAGGUAGGCUAGGCAUUAGGGAGAAACGAAGACAUCUAGUGGAU